AUGGGUUGCGAUCCCACCAUUACCUACUACGUCCUCAUUGAAGUGUUCAUCCAGCUGGGUCUGGCCGUUGCAAUCUCAGUUUACAAGCCCGACUGGCUGACGUGGUUCUUAGUUACCUACAUCGUUGGUGGUACCAUCAACCACUCUUUGGCCGCAGCAAUCCAUGAGAUCGGGCACAACCUGGCCUUUGGACACAACCGCGGGAACGCUAAUCGCCUCCUCUCAUUAGUCGCUAAUCUGCCCAUGGUGGUUCCUGUGUCCAUCAGCUAUCGAAAGUAUCACCACGAACAUCAUAGGUGA